AUGGACCCUCGCCGCCAGUAUGCGCAACCACAUGCGCAGGCGCAGGCCUCGCAGCAGCAACCCGCCCAGCCCUACUACUACCAACACCCGCAGCACCCGCCGCAGCACUAUCAGCAACACCAGCAACACCAGCACUACCAGCACCCGCAACACCAGCAGCAGCUUGCGGAACCUCAGCAGCCUUCCAAUCCGCGUUUCUCUUGGCAGAUCCCCUUGACCGAUGCCGAGAGACUCCCUAUCCACCAACUCGAUCCCGGGCCUCCAUCUCCGCCACCCCAGCAGCAGCAGUCGCAAGCCCAACCUCGCGCACGCGUCCAAUCGCCACCCCAGUCCAAUCGCUUCUCCUUCGCACAAACACCGAUCGAGGUCCAACAACCCCAUUUCCAGCAUCAUGCCCAACCCCGCCGUCAGACCGAACCCACAAUCCCAUACUCUCCAGACUCGAUACACGCUUCGAAUUUGAACUCGCCGGCGACUGAGUUCGACGACCUGUCAGCCAUCAGUACCGUUGCUCCACAACUACCAGCGCCCCACAUGUCGCGGCCGCUGUCCAAAGAGAUGGGGGAAGAUAUUGCUCCGGAAGGAAGAGUGCCCGAGGAAUAUGCAAGGCCGAUGCCGCAGGAGCCGCAUCCCGCCUUCUUCGCUCCGGUUGUUGACACUUCGCCGCGAGGAAGUAUAGCGGCCCCGAGGCAGCGUCAGCAAAGUCUCGCCCAGAGCGUUGCACAGUCGGACCAUUCCCAGCAGCAGCUCCACCACAACUAUGACGCACAACCGCCGCCGGCGUCACCCGGUCCUGUCCCCAUCAAGACUGAGAGGGACGACAGUGCGCCUGUCGACAAUAUUCCCAUAUCACCCAUCUCUCCUACACAACCCUACAGUCCGCACUCAAAUGUUGCCCCGUCGCGACCGCCCAUCUUCGCACCAGAUAAUCCCAGCGGUCCGAAUGGCAUGCUGACGGGGGAGCAUAAACCGGGCCAGAUCGCCCAUCCGAAUAUGGACCUGCAUGCGACUGGAUCGAAGCAUCAGUGGAAGCACUCAAUCUGCGAAUGUAGUGGAGACGUUGGAACCUGCAUGACCGGAGUCUUCUGCCCGUGCGUGUUGUACGGCAAGACGAGCUACCGGCUGGGCUUGAAGGGCGAGAAGAAGGAUCCGACCGAUAUGCUAGGCUGGAGCUGGGCCAAUACCCAGUGCAGUCUCAUGGCCAUGGCCACGUUUUGCGGCUUGUGCGGUAUGCAUCCCUUUGCCUUCUUGUGUCGCUCCGGAUCUGUUUAG